CUUAUCUUACAUUUAAGUACCUAAUGAAUUUAUUUAUUAACCCUUUUCAGUAUUAAAAUGUACCCUAUUGAUACACGCACCAACACCAACUAUACUGGACCGACUAUCGCUUUUAAAAUUAAGAAUGUCUUCGGAUAUAAGGACGAAGAAACCGGAAUUUAUCCCCCCUGAGAACGACGUAGACCCAUUGGAGACCAAAAUCGUCAGAACUGGCCCAAUAACUCCUAUAAGCAGACACAGGAAGAAAAGACUUCGCAUCCGCACCAUACCCACGACAAAAUCAACAAUAAAUAUAAAUGAAAUAAACAUUAAUAACUUAACAAUACGUGAAAAUGUAACAAAUAAAGCAAAACCUUUGAGAACGAAGUUGCAGGCGAAGAAAUGGGAGAAACAUGUAAAAAAAUAUGGCAACCCCGUUGAGAUUUUUUAUAGGAGGGAUACGGGAUUGGACGCUCAGACGGAAGCUGAGAUGAGGAGGCGGCAUUCCUUGCUCUGUGUAGACCUGUUGAGACCUAUUAUAACUGGCAUGAAGAAGAACGCGACGGUCAGCAAGUUCAUUGGGGAACAGGUUGCAAAUCGCCUCAUCCAACUGCUAUCUUCAAACGGCAAAUCACAAACGCCAGAAGAUAUAGAAGCUAUAUUGUAUCAAAUAAACGAAUUGCAACUACGCUUCUUCCAAUGGGAAGUUACGUCUUUGAAGAAAUUAUUCAAUUUUAUUAUGCCCGGACAAAAGCACUCAUUCAAAUCAUUAAAACACGGAGUGAAGAAAAUUUUCGAAAAGUGGCAUAUGGACCUGUCUAACACGCAAAUUUUGAUCAAAGACUCACGAAUGUUUCGACCGCCCUGUAUAGGAACUUCUGAAGGAUCAACUAGAAGCUCCCUGGGGACUCGUUACACAAAACCAGCAACGCCGAAAUCCACUUGUAAGCCGAAGGAUACAGAAUGCAAUAAAGAGUAUGAUGUGGGAUAUUAA